UUUUAUGAUCAUUUCAUUCCUUUCAUUAUUCUCAACAACAUAUCGAAAUUCGAUCGAUGAUUCAUUUUUCAACAAAUUACCAAAAAAAAAAAAAGAAAAUUGAUUUCUGUUCAUCAUCUGAUUUUUGAAUUUCAUCGUCUGAUUUUGAAAAAAAAAUAAUAAUUUUAGGGUUUUGUUGUAUGUAAUAAAAUUAAGGAUCUGAGAAUAUGAGAGCGGCGGCGGGAUUGGCGGCAAUUCAGCACACCCUAUCGCCGGAGGCCGCCGGAGUUGUGAAUCAGUCGAUCGCGGAGGCGGGCCGCCGCAACCACGGCCAGACGACGCCGCUGCACGUGGCGGCGACGCUCCUGGCCUCGCCGUCGGGAUUUCUCCGGCAGGCGUGCAUCCGAUCGCACCCCAAUUCGAGCCACCCGCUGCAGUGCCGGGCGCUGGAGCUCUGCUUCAGUGUGGCUCUUGAGCGGCUCGCCACGGCGGCGCAGAACAUGCCGGAGCCGCCGGCGGGAGCCGAGCCGCCGCUGUCCAACGCUCUAAUGGCCGCCCUCAAGCGCGCGCAGGCCAAUCAGCGGCGCGGCUGCCCCGAGCCGCCGCCUCCACAGCCGCCGCCGCAGCUCCUCGCCGUGAAAGUAGAGCUCGAUCAGCUCAUCAUUUCCAUACUCGACGACCCCAGCGUGAGCCGCGUGAUGAGGGAAGCCGGCUUCUCAAGCCCAGCCGUUAAAGCCACUGUCGAACAAUUAUCCAUCGCCGGCAAGCCGUCCAACGCCAACACGACGUCGUUUUUGCUGAAUCACUGUGCGGCCAAUACGACGCCGUUUUGGCUGCAGAAACGCAAUUUAAAGCUGGAUGAAGAACUAGAAAGGGUUCUCGAAAUCAUGUCGAGAGCCAAAAAAAGAAAUCCAAUUCUCGUCGGCAGUUCCGACCAAUCCGAGGCUGUCGUGAAAUCCCUCAUCAAAAGGAUCGAAAACAAGGAAUUGGGGAUUUUCCAGAAUGCAAAGGUUAUUACAAUUGGGAAAUGUUCUUACAAAGAAUUAGGUACCAAAAUUGAGGACAUGAUCAACAAUGGAGGGACAGUUGUUCUUGAUUUAGGGGAUUUAAAGUGGCUGGUGGAUCCGCCGGAGAUUCAAUCUCCGGCGGCGGCCGAGCUUUCGAAACUACUAGCAAAAUUCUCCGGCAUCGGCGCCGGCGAAGAUAACAGCCUGUGGUUCAUUGGCAUUGCAAGCAGUGAGACUUACUUGAGGUGCCAAGUCUACCAUUCCUCCAUGGAAACUGAUUGGGAUCUUCAGGCUGUUCCGAUGUCGUCUCGAUGGCCGCUUUCCGGGAUGUUUCCGAGAGUUAGUAUGGAUCCUCCGACGACGGCGUUAGGACAAUCGUGGCAUAUGUUGUCUGAUUUCGGGCGAAAUAUCGAGCUUUGCUCUCAAUGUCGCGAGGAUUACGAAAAAGAUCUCGCGAAGCUGAUGGCCGUCGAGAAUUCGUUUUGUGAAGCGACGCAAUCGACUUUGCCCCCGUGGAUGCAGGAUACCAAGCCGAAGAAUGAUCAUCGAUCACAAAGGAACGAUGGCGCGGUUCUUUCGAAGAAGAAGGAUCAGGAGCUUCGAAGAAAAUGGAAGGAUACAUGCUUACAUCUUCAUCCAAACUUUCACCAGAAAGUUCAUCGAUCUCCUUCGCCGAUGAUGUUCAUGGCAACCUCGUACGAUUCGAAUUCAAUCGCCGGCUUGAUGUCAUUACAGCCUACAUUGCCGGCAAUGAAGCCCUUUGGACAACUUAACACUGAUCAAACAUCCCGAGGAAUACUUAGGCGCGAUAGCCCGCCCCAAAGUCCCGUAAGGACCGAUUUGGUCUUGGGACGAAAAGAAGGCGAAAGAUUGUCGAAGAAGGUGACAGAGGACUUACUAGGUUGCAUUUGUUCCGAUGUUUGGACCAAGUCGAACGAUAAGUUAGUCGCCGCUUUCGACAUCGAUGUUUAUAAGAAACUUCUCAAAGACCUUACGGCGUACGCUUGGUGGCAAGCGGAGGCCGCCUCGGCGGUGGCGUCGAUAAUUUCGAGACGGAAAUUAGGUGAUAGUAAGCGCCGGGGUGCGGGAACUAGGGGAGAUCUAUGGUUAUUGUUCGUAGGACCCGAUAGAGCCGCGAAGAAGAAAAUGGCGUCGGUCGUAGGCGAGCAUGUGUCCGGGACAAGCCCCAUAGUGAUAAGCCUCGGCUCGCCGCGGGAUGACAAAGAAGUUUGCGCGACCCAUCGUGGGAAAACGGUGAUCGAUCAAAUUUCGGAGGUGGUUCAACGAAAUCCGUUUUCGGUGAUCGUGCUAGAUGACGUCGACGAAGCAAAUGUUUUUGUGCGUGGAAGUGUCGUACGUGCGAUCGAGACGGGUAGGCUUGUGGAUUUCUACGGUCGGAGCGUUACUCUCGGGAAUGUAGUGUUCAUCCUCUUGGGAAAUUGGUCGAGAAGUGGUUUCGAAGCUCGAUACAUAGACGAGGAAAAGCUCGCUGCUUUAGCGAGCCGGAAUUGGCAAUUAGGGAUAGUGGUAAAAGCAAAAAACGCGAAACGUCGUGCGAUUUCGCCACAUAGCGAAGAAACAAGGCCAUUGAAGCCUCGAAAAGAGGUAGGGACAUUUACCGUGUCGUUGGAUCUCACUUUGGCUCCGAAGGAUGAUCAGAUGGACGGUUGUGAUUACAAUACGAGCGAUAUUACUGUUGAUCAUGACAAUGAAGUCGGGCAACAAUGCUCAUUUACGUCAGUGCCAAGUGAACUUAUAGACAAUGUGGAUGAAUUCAUCGUGUUCAAGCCAAUCGAGACUCGUUUGGCUUUACGGGAGAUCAAGAAGAAGAUCUCGUCGAAGUUCUCAGUGAUUGUAGAUGAAAAUUUGUCAGUAGAGGUAGAGGAUCGAGUUUUGGAGAAGAUUUUUUCAGGAUUAUGGCUCGACCAGAUGAGCCUUGAUGAAUGGAUUGAUAGCGUUUUGGCGCCAAGUUUGGAUCAACUGAAGCCACGACUACAUGCGAGAGUCGGGAUUGCUCCCGUGGUUCAACUUGUGGUCGAGAUCGACCGGCGCGACGGGCCGAGGAAGAGCAAAUGCAAUGGAGAGUGGUUGCCUAGUAUCAUCUUGGUAUGAGAAGUUGCAUUUAGGUAUAGUUUUGGGGUGUAAAUUUGAUAUUAUUGGGUUUUGUCGGGGUUAUAUGAAAAUAUGGAAACUUUGUGAUAUUUUUAUAAAAGUUUUAGG